AUGAAGUUCGGCCGGACCAUCGAGACAUCGCUCUACGCGGAAUGGGCUGACAAGUACCUUCAAUACUCGGAGAUCAAAAAGGAGAUCAAGAAUCGCAUGAACAACAACAAUGGCACUUGGACUGACAAAGAUGAAGACGAGUUCGUUGCAUUGCUCAGCAAGGAGCUCGACAAGGUCUACCAUUUCCAAAAGGUCAAGGUCGCUGAACUGACCGAGCGUAUCAAGAAGGCCCAGUCUGAAGUCAACUUGCUCGUCUCUUCCCGUCCCAACUCUUCCACUUCCCUCCCUUCUCGCGCCAACUCUCGUCCAUCCUCUCGCGCUGGUUCUGACAUUGAAGCUGAUGACGACUCCCCUCGUAAGCGUAGAAGCAUCCCUCCCGACCGCAACGUCCUCUAUGCUGCUCACGAUGCAGGCUCCGAUGACGACUUUGACACAGAUACCGAAGACAGCGAUGCUUUCGAGGAGUGCUUUCUUGAGCUCGAAGAACGCCUCGCCAUCAUCAUUGCAGAUGUCCACGACCUCGCCCUCUUCACCAAACUCAACUACACUGGUUUCCACAAGAUUGUCAAGAAGCACGACAAGCAGACCGGUCGAUUGCUCCGAAAAGAGUUCGUUCAGCACUACCUCUCUUCCCGCCCCUUCUACAAGGAGAACUACGAUCAGCUCAUCGUCAAGCUUUCCAAGCUCUUCGACCUCGUCCGCACACGUGGUAACCCCGUCCAGGGUGACUCGAGUGCUGGUGGAAACCAGUCGGCCUUUGUCCGUCAGACCACAAAGUACUGGGUCCACCCUGACAACAUUGUCCCCCUCAAGCUCAUCAUUCUCAAGCAUCUCCCUGUGCUUGUCUUUAACUCUGAAAAGGAGUUCCAGCAGGAGGACUCGGCCAUCACAUCCAUCUACUACGACAACCAAGAUCUCGAACUCUACUUGGGUCGUCUCGAGAAGACCGAAGGUGCCGAGGCCAUCCGUCUGCGUUGGUACGGAGGUAUGGACAACAAGCAGAUCUUUGUCGAGCGAAAGACCCAUCGCGAGGAUUGGACCGGUGAGAAGUCGGUCAAGGCCCGUUUCCCGAUCAAGGAGGAGAACGUGAAUGCUUGGAUGAAGGGAGAAUACACCAUGGACGACACUUUUGAGGCCCUCCGCAAGAAGGGCAAGAAAUCCGACAAGGAGAUCGACUCGAUGCUCCAACUCGCCAACGAGGUGCAGUACUCGGUGCUAACCCGCAAGCUUCAACCCGUCAUGCGCAGUUUCUACAACCGUACUGCCUUCCAACUUCCUGGUGACGCUCGUGUUCGUAUCUCGCUCGACACCGAGCUCUCGUUGGUGCGUGAAGACAACUGGGACCAUCGUCAACGUGCUGGCAACAACUGGAGGCGCAUGGACAUUGGUAUCGACUACCCCUUUGACCAACUGCCACCCGAGGACAUUGAGCGCUUCCCAUACGGUGUCCUUGAAGUCAAACUUCAGACCCAGCUCGGCCAAGAACCUCCUCAGUGGAUUCGCGACUUGGUCUCGAGUCAUUUGGUUGAAGCUGUACCCAAGUUCUCCAAGUUUAUUCACGGUUGCGCUACAUUACUACCCAACCGUGUCGACCUUGUUCCUUUCUGGUUGCCCCAGAUGGACACCGACAUUCGCAAGCCACCUUCCAACCACCUUGCUAUCGAGCGGCCCAGCUCCAUGACCCACAGUCCCCCUAGCCCUUCGCGGCCAGACACACCUGCAUCGCGCUCUGCCUCCAUGCCCUACAACGAGCCUGUCUCCGAAGACGAGUUUGAUGGCGCUGAUGACGACGAUCGCGGCCACAUCAUGGCUGAUGAGUCACAUGAGGCUGACAAUGUCGGUAUCUCGGCAUUCGAUCCACGAAUUCGAGAAGCAAGAGAGGAGCGCGAGCGAAACAUCAAGCUGCGCCAGCAAGAACUCGAAAAGCAGCGCAGAGAGAAUCCGGACAAGUCCUCGAACGCAGCAGGUGGCAUGCUCGCCGUCGCUGCCUCAUCCCUAGCAACAGAGCGUCGCUCUUCGCUGAACAAGGCCAAAUCAACAGCGCCUACACGUGAUGAGAUUCUUGCUCCUUCGCAUCGCUAUGACCAGAACUUUUUCUCCAAAUUGACACCCAAGAACAUCCAGCGACUUUGGAAGACCAAGGGCUCAAGUCAUGAGCAUGACGAAGACCCUCACACCGACGCCAAGGCAGAUGACGAGGACGAGCGUGUUCGUCGCGCACUGGAGGGUCAAGACGAGGAGGUUCCCCGUGGUCCCAACGUCGAGUAUGUCACUGACUUCCAUGCCCAGCCAGGCAAGAAGGUCAGUGUUCCCAUUCGAAUCGAACCCAAGGUCUACUUUGCCAACGAGCGAACGUUCCUCAAGUGGCUCGAAUUCAACGUCUACCUCUCCGCGCUUGCUGUCGGUCUGCUCAACUUCAGCUCACCCGGUGACCGUAACGGCUUGAUAGCCAGUGCCUUUUUCACCAUCGUUGCGCUCAUUGGCAUCGCCUACUCUGGUAUCAUCUUUGUCAUCCGUGCGCUCAAAAUUCGACAGCGAGAGAGCAGCAACAUCUACUUUGACGCUUACGGACCUACCAUUCUCUGUGCUGCUAUUCUUGCAGCAGUGGUGGUCAACUUCAUUAUAAGGUUCACCGAGAGUCAUGAGCAUCGUAACAACCGCGGUCUGCUCAACUGA